AUGGGCCAGACUGCGGUGCUGCCUCCGAGGAGAAAGGACACGUAUGCCCUGGAACUUCACAUAUGGUGCAGGAAAUUCAUUGAGGAAUGUCCCAGUGGGCUGAUCACCCUGCACGAGUUCCGGAGACACUUCUGCGAUGGGACCGUGGGCCCAGGAUCGUCGGAGUACGCCGAGCAGAUCUUCCGGACUUUGGACGAUAACAGGGAUGAUCUGGUGGAUUACAGCGAGUAUGUAACAGCCGUCAGCUUGCUGAUACAGGGCACGGCGGAGGAGAAGUUGAGGUGGUCCUUUAAACUCUACGAUAAGGAUAAGGACGGAGCCAUCAGCCGGGCAGAGAUGCUGGAGAUUAUGCAGGCCAUCUACAAAAUGAGCCUGGCAGCGUCGCUGACGAAUGUUGACCUGCAGACGGCUGAAGAAUGCACCGAGCGCAUGUUCACACGUCUAGACAAGGAUAGAGACGCUGUGAUCAGCCAGCGGGAGUUUGUGGAGGGAGCGCUGGAAGACGCCUGGGUGCGUGCGAUGCUCGAGUGUGACCCAAGCACCGUGGAGGUGAAAAGAAGCCAAAAGGGACAGUGA